AUGGAGAGAGUAGACCGUGAUACAGUAGGAUACCUGAUCAACAGUCUCAAGAAUGCAAACAUGUACGACAAAGUCAACAUCAUGUUCGUAAGUGACCACAGUAUGACUGAUACGUCGUCUAAAAGGCAGAUUUUCCUCGAGGACUACAUCAACCUCGACGACUUUCAGCUCGUUGAAGGAGGAGCCGUUGGCCACAUCUGGGCUGAAGGUAAACAAGUUGACGACAUUUACAGAAAUCUUAUAAGUGCUAAUAAUGCUCACAUGAGGGUAUACAAAAGGGAAGACAUCCCAGAAGAAUACCACUGGAAGCACAACUUCAGGAUCCCGCCGAUUUUCGUCGACCCCGACGUUGGAUGGGUCAUAAAGACUGAGCGUUCAAAGGCACGUCAAGGGAAUUGGACAGUGGGAGAUCAUGGCUGGCCUUCAACGAGGUCCAAAAGUUACUCUGUGUUCUUUGCCCGUGGUCCUGCCUUCCGGAAGGGGAUUGAAGUGUCAUCCUUCAACACCGUGGACCUGUACCCUCUGAUGUGUAAUUUAUUGGGAAUUGAGGUUAAACCCAAUAAUAAUAAUAAUAAUAAUUAA